AUGAUAAAUUGCACCCACCAUUUUCAAAAUCCGAUCACUUUGAUAUGUGUGGCUCCUCACAAGUGCUAAUGUUAAAGGAAACUUUGUGUGAAAUGCCAAUAUGAGCAUGGAGUGGAUUUGAAAUAUACAAUUCCAAUCGAUAUAUUUUAAGAAAAGGCAAUCAAUAAAUUAAAAGACUCAAAGACCAAUGAUAUAUCUGAACUAUCAAAAUAAAGAAUGGCCUUUAAAUCCUUACUCUCUCAAACCGAACAAUUGAUGAAGAAAAUUUGGGAGGAGUUGUCACAAUCAAUCAAAUAAGUAUAUGAUUAGAUUGAAAAGGAAAACUAAUCAUACUAAAACCUCAUGAACGAAUCUACUAAUCUAGCCGAAUCGUCCUACAUUGAUAUAGAAUAAUUAGUAAACAUUGUAGAAGGCUCAACUUUAAAAAAUUGGAAUGCUGAGAAGAAUUCUUGUAUUAUAGAAUUAGAUAAGACCAUGAGUUGGUGGGACUAACAUAUAACAACUUUUAUUGAAAAGUCUAACUAAGGAAUCCAAAAGAUCCAAUCAUUAAUUAAGUAAGUAUUAUAAUUCUAAAUCUAGGGAGGAUGAAGAAGAUAUUUAUUUAAUAAAGGAAGAUAUUUAUGAGAUGCUAACCUACAUCCAAGAUAUUGAUGAAUCUCUCUAUAAAAGGAUUCUUGAUAUACUGAGAAAAGAGAAAGUUUCAGACAUUAUUGGAUUCCUUUCAAAGAUAAAAGAUUAGAUGUUUUAGGAAUCAUUAGUCAACAAGUAGGAAAAUCUAAAAGAUAUCAAGAAGUAAGUAAAGAAAAUCACAAAUGUUUUGAGGAAUAUUUAGGAUCUUAAAUUUAGUAAGUAUGACUAUUCUUCCGAGACUUAUGUAAAGGAAAGAGCAGAUCUAAUCAAGAGGAUAAAGGAUAACAAAGGGAUCACAAAUUUCAUCAGAUUGUUAGUACGACUAACAAGCAUAGAUGUAAAAUUUAUUCAGUCGGGAUCAAAUGGACUUAGUAUAUUAGUGGCCAUGAAGGUUGAUAUAAGGAACCAAUCCUUUGAGAAUAUCAGAAUUAAGAAUACUUCCUUGAUUGGAGGAAAUUUUGUAAGAUGUAACUUAAGUGGAUCUAAAUUUGAGAAUGUGGAUAUUAGUGGAGUCAAUUUUAAUGGUGCUUAGAUGUUUAAUUGUAAAUGGAAAAACAUAAAAGUUCAUGAAUUGAAUAAAUUUGAUGGUCAUAGUAGUUGUGUGAGAUCAGUCUGUAUUUCUCCUGAUGGUAAUACUUUAGCUUCUGGUAGUGAUGAUAAUUCUAUCCGUUUAUGGGAUGUCAAAACAGGAUAAUAAAAAGCUAAAUUAGAUGGUCAUAGUAACUAUGUUAUGUCAGUCUGUUUCUCUCCUGAUGGAAAUACAUUAGCUUCUGGUAGCGGUGAUUAAUCUAUCGGUCUAUGGGACAUUACAACAGGAUAAUAGAAAGCCAAAUUAGAUGGUCAUAGUGAUGUAGUUAGGUCAGUCUGUAUUUCUCCAGAUGGAAAAAUAUUAGCUUCUGGUAGUAGUGAUAAUUCUAUCCGUUUAUGGGAUGCCAAAACAGGAUAAUAAAAAGCCAAAUUAGAUGGUCAUAGUAAUGAUGUUAGAUCAGUCUGUUUCUCUCCUGAUGGAAAUAUAUUAGCUUCUGGUAGUUAUGAUAAUUCUAUCCGUCUAUGGGAUGUCAAAACAGGAUAAUAAAAAGCCUAAUUAGAUGGUCAUUUAUAUGCUGUCAUGUCAGUUUGUUUCUCUCCUGAUGGAAAUACAUUAGCUUCUGGUAGUAGUGAUAACUCUAUCCGUCUAUGGGAUGUCAAAACAGGAUAAUAAAAAGCCAAAUUAGAUGGUCAUAGUAAUUGUAUUAACUCAGUCUGUUUCUCUCCUGAUGGAAAUACAUUAGCUUCUGGUAGUGAUGAUAAGUCUAUCCGUCUAUGGGAUGUCAAAACAGGAUAAUAAAAAGCCAAAUUAGAUGGUCAUAGUAAUUAUGUCUACUCAGUCUGUUUCUCUCCUGAUGGAAAUACAUUAGCUUCUGGUAGUGAUGAUAAGUCUAUCCGUCUAUGGGAUGUCAAAACAGGAUAAUAAAAAGCCAAAUUAGAUGGUCAUAGUAAUUAUGUCUACUCAGUCUGUUUCUCUCCUGAUGGAAAUACAUUAGCUUCUGGUAGUGAUGAUAAGUCUAUCCGUCUAUGGGAUGUCAAAACAGGAUAAUAAAAAGCCAAAUUAGAUGGUCAUAGUAAUUAUGUCUACUCAGUCUGUUUCUCUCCUGAUGGAAAUACAUUAGCUUCUGGUAGUGAUGAUAAGUCUAUCCGUCUAUGGGAUGUCAAAACAGGAUAAUAAAAAGCCAAAUUAGAUGGUCAUAGUAAUUAUGUCUACUCAGUCUGUUUCUCUCCUGAUGGAAAUACAUUAGCUUCUGGUAGUGAUGAUAAGUCUAUCCGUCUAUGGGAUGUCAAAACAGGAUAAUAAAAAGCCAAAUUAGAUGGUCAUAGUAAUUAUGUCUACUCAGUCUGUUUCUCUCCUGAUGGAAAUACAUUAGCUUCUGGUAGUGAUGAUAAGUCUAUCCGUCUAUGGGAUGUCAAAACAGGAUAAUAAAAAGCCAAAUUAGAUGGUCAUAGUAAUUAUGUCUACUCAGUCUGUUUCUCUCCUGAUGGAAAUACAUUAGCUUCUGGUAGUGAUGAUAAGUCUAUCCGUCUAUGGGAUGUCAAAACAGGAUAAUAAAAAGCCAAAUUAGAUGGUCAUAGUAAUUAUGUCUACUCAGUCUGUUUCUCUCCUGAUGGAAAUACAUUAGCUUCUGGUAGUGAUGAUAAGUCUAUCCGUCUAUGGGAUGUCAAAACAGGAUAAUAAAAAGCCAAAUUAGAUGGUCAUAGUAAUUAUGUCUACUCAGUCUGUUUCUCUCCUGAUGGAAAUACAUUAGCUUCUGGUAGUGAUGAUAAGUCUAUCCGUCUAUGGGAUGUCAAAACAGGAUAAUAAAAAGCCAAAUUAGAUGGUCAUAGUAAUGAUGUUAGAUCAGUCUGUUUCUCUCCUGAUGGAAAUACAUUAGCUUCUGGUAGUUAUGAUAACUCUAUCCGAUUAUGGGAUCUCAAAACAGGAUAAUAAAAAGCCAAAUUAGAUGGUCAUAAUGAUUUUGUUAGAUCAGUCUGUUUCUCUUUUGAUGGAAAUACAUUAGCCUCUGGUAGUUAUGAUAAGUCUAUCCGUCUAUGGGAUGUCAAAACAGAAUAAUAAACAGCCCAAUUAGAUGGUCAUAGUGGUGGUAUCAACUCAGUCUGUUUUUCUCCUAAUGGAAAUACAUUAGCUUCUGGUAGUGAUGAUAAUUCUAUCCGUCUAUGGGAUGUCAAAACAGGAUAAUAAAAAGCCAAAUUAGAUGGUCAUAAAAGUAUUGUCUACUCAGUCUGUUUCUCUUCUGAUGGUAAUACAUUAGCUUCUGGUAGUAGUGAUAACUCUAUCCGCCUAUGGGAUGUAAAGACAGGAUAAUAAAAAGCCAAAUUAGAUGGUCAUAGUAAUACUCUCUACUCAGUCUGUUUCUCUCCUGAUGAAAAUACAUUAGCUUCUGGUAGUGUAGAUAACUCUAUCCGUCUAUGGGAUGUCAAAAAAGGAUAAUAAAAAGCCAAAUUAGAUGGUCAUAAUGGAUAUGUUAUGUCAGUGUGUUUCUCUCCUGAUGGAAUUACAUUAGCUUCUGGAAGUUAUGAUAAGUCUAUCUGUCUAUGGGAUGUCAAAACAGGAUAAUAAAAAGCCAAAUUAGAUGGUCAUACUAGUUAUGUUAGAUCAGUCUGUUUCUCUCCUGAUGGAAAUACAUUAGCUUCUGGUAGUUAUGAUAACUCUAUCCGUCUUUGGCAUGUAAAGACAGGAUAAUUAAAAGCAAAAUUAGAUGGUCAUACUAAUAAUGUUUGGUCAGUCUGUUUCUCACCUGAUGGAAAUACAUUAGCUUCUGGUAGUAAUGAUAAGUCAAUCCGUCUAUGGCAUGUAAAUAUUGAAAAAGAAAUUUAAUUCGAGGAAAAAAGUUAUCAAGAUAUUCUUACCUAGUUUAAAAUACCACUUUAGAAUAGCUCAAUUUUACCAAAUAGUAUUUGUUAUUUAUUAUUUUAAGUUGAUCCUGAUCGUACAAUACUUAGAAUUUGUUAGAAUCCUUAAUUAGAAGCAUCAGGUACACUUAUCUAAUAAGGAGAAUUAAUAAACCAUUAAGGAAAAGAUUUAAAACAGUUAUUUAAAUCUAAAGGAAGUUGUUUUAUAGAAGAUUUAUAGAAAAAGUGACUUUGAUCAUUAACAAACAAC